AUGUCCGCUAUAACAUAUGAUAAGAAUGCCAAUGACUUUGCUGGCGGAAGUGAAGUGGGAUCUAUAAAUACCGACGAUUGGUCGAGAGAGCAACAAACCAUGACCGCGCUUUUCGCUCUAAUUUUGCUCGUUCUUCACAGUGCUGCACCUCAGCAACAGGAAUGUUCCGAUCCUGCGGCUAGCCCGACCACUACACCAUGUAUCACGGGUUUGUGUCCCACUGGACGACUCUGCAUACAAUCGCCAAGAGGAGAGUUCUGUUGCGAUUCUACUAAGGUAAUUCCUGUGACUCCAACAGUGCCAUGCCAAGACUUUGUCGACCCAAGAACCGGCAUUUCGGAUUGUCCUGAAAAAAAGCAUCUCUGUGAAAAUUUAAUGUACAGACAGCUCAUGAAAGAACAGUGUCCACUUACAUGCAAUAUAUGCCAACCAGCCUGCCAAGACCUUGUCGAUCCGAGAACUGGAGUAUCAGAUUGCGUUCGAAAUCGUGCAUUAUGCAACAACUUGCUUUAUCAGCAAUUGAUGAAGAAACAAUGUCCUAAAACAUGUGGGUACUGCAUUUGA